CCCUGCAUCUGGCUCCCCAAAAAGUCUUGGGAUGAGACUUGCCGCUUGGAUGAGAUGGCUCAUUUCAAAGGUCUGCGUCAAGACAUGGCUCGCCUCAGGAAUGAGUGGAAGAAGGUCUACGACAGCCCAAACCCCCAUCAAACUCCCUUCCCUGAUGAGUGGCAGGAGAGGCUAAGCCAGUUUCAGAGGAUGCUGGUGAUCCGCUGUCUCAGACCAGACAAGGUUAUUCCCAUGGUACAGGAAUUUGUUUGCAACAGUUUGGGUCGUCCCUUCAUCGAAGCGCCACCCUUCAACCUGAGUAAGGCCUUCGUUGAUAGCCACUGUUGUGCCCCCUCAUCUUCAUCCUCUCCCCGGGCUCAGACCCCAUGGCUGCACUGCUCAAGUUCGGAGAUGAAAAGGGCUUUACGGGUAACAAGCUGACCUCCCUGUCUCUGGGACAAGGCCAGGGUCCUAUCGCUAUGCAUAUGAUUGAGACAGGCAUUAAAGAGGGCACCUGGGUGGUUCUGCAGAACUGCCACUUAGCCACAUCGUGGAUGUCAACACUGGAGCGAGUCUGUGAGGAGCUGAACCCAGACACUACUCACCCAGACUUCAGGCUCUGGCUGACUAGCUACCCGUCUCCCACUUUCCCCGUGGCGGUGCUUCAGAAUGGAGUGAAGAUGACCAAUGAGGCUCCGAAGGGCCUUCGCGCCAAUAUUGCACGUUCCUUCUUAAUGGACCCCAUCUCUGACCCAGAGUUUUUUGCCAGCUGCAGCAAGCCGGCUGUGUUCAAGAAACUGCUGUACGGCCUGUGUUUCUUCCACGCCCUGACCCAGGAGAGGAGGAAGUUUGGACCUUUAGGCUGGAACAUUCCGUAUGAGUUCAAUGAGACCGACCUCCGGAUCUCAGUACAGCAGCUGCACAUGUUCCUGGAGCAGUACCAGGAAGUGCCGUUUGAUGCCCUCCGCUACAUGACUGGUGAGUGUAACUAUGGAGGCCGCGUGACAGAUGACUGGGACAGACGGACCCUGCGCACAAUCCUCUCUAUUUUCUACACCUCAAAGCUCAUCGAGGACCGGGACUACAAGUUUGAUCCCAGCGGGCUCUACUAUGCACCAGAUGAAGGAGAUUACAAUAGCUACAUAGAAUAUACCAAGUCGCUGCCUCUCAACCCGUCGCCGGAGAUUUUUGGCAUGAACGCCAACGCAGAUAUCACCAAGGAUCAGGCUGAAACACAACUGCUGUUUGACAGCAUCUUGCUUACACAGUCCCGCUCUUCGGGCGGAGAUGCCAAAUCCUCCGAUGACAUGGUCUUUGAUGUGGCAGCUGACAUCCUGAGCAAGCUGCCUGGAGACUUUGACUUGGAGGCAGUGAUGAGGCGCUUUCCCACCAGCUACAAUCAGAGCAUGAACACAGUGCUGGUGCAGGAGAUGGGCCGCUUCAACAACCUGCUCUGCACCAUCCGACGCUCCUGUGUCAACAUUCAGAAGGCCAUAAAGGGGCUGGAGGUGAUGUCUGCGGAGCUGGAGGAGGUGGUCAGCAGCAUCUUGAAGGGCCGUAUCCCAGGCAUGUGGAUGAAGAAGUCCUACCCCAGCCUCAAACCGCUGGGAAGCUACGUCAAUGACUUCCUGGAGCGACUCAGGUUCUUACAGGACUGGUGUGAUCAGGGUACGCCUGCUGUAUUCUGGAUAUCAGGAUUCUUCUUCACCCAGGCUUUCCUCACAGGCAGCCAGCAGAACUAUGCCAGGAAACACACCGUCCCUAUUGACUUGCUCGGCUUCGACUUUGAGGUCCUGGAUGACCACGAAUAUAAACACCCUCCAGAGGAUGGUGUGUACGUUAGAGGGCUGUUUCUUGAUGGCGCCCGCUGGGACAGAAAGACCAAACUUCUCGCUGAGUCCUACCCCAAAGUGCUGCAUGACCCCAUGCCUGUGAUGUGGCUGAAGCCCGUCAAACGGAAGGACAUUCCCGAGAGGAUGUGUUACUGUCGCCUGUCUACAAGACCAGCGAGCGGCGUGGCACCCUGUCCACCACCGGCCACUCCACCAAUUAUGUCAUCGCCAUGA